UCAAGCUUACCUCACCCAAAUGAAAAAAGGUUUCUGACCGAGAGAGAGAGAGAGAGAAACACCAGGAGGUUGAUUCACGAGUUUCUGAAUCGCAUAGGUAAGGACGCAACGCACAGUAGAUUGUUCCAAAUGCAGCAUUGUCGUCGUUGAAGCUUAGGUCAGUUUCACGAUUCACUCUUGAGCACAACAACACACUGUUUCAGUGUUCACGAAAUCCUUCCGUCCUUCGUCGCCGGCCGCCAAGCAAGAGAAGAGAAUGAUCGGCGUCGGAAAGAUGAAGCAGUACAGUAACAUCCUUGACAAGCCCCUCACCAAGGGCAAGCAAGAGGUUAGUUUGAGUGCGUUCGCAUUCUUGUUCUCUGAGCUUGUUCAGUACAAUCAAACCCAGGUCGACAACAUCGGCGAGCUCGAACGAAGGUUGGAGGAUGCUGGAUAUGCUGUUGGGGCUCGAGUACUCGAGCUGCUUUGCCACAGAGAAAAGGGAAACAGAAGGGAGACACGGCUGUUGGGUAUUCUUUCUUUUGUGCACAGUACAGUGUGGAAAGUAUUAUUCGGAAAGGUAGCUGACUCGCUGGAGAAAGGAACUGAACAUGAAGAUGAAUACAUGAUCAGUGAAAAAGAGCUCCUAGUAAACAAAUUCAUUUCUAUCCCAAAAGACAUGGGGACGUUUAACUGCGGAGCAUUUGUUGCUGGAAUAGUACGGGGUGUCUUGGAUAGUGCCGGAUUUCCAGCUGUUGUAACAGCUCAUUUUGUGCCCAUGGAAGGUCAGCAACGGCCUCGGAUGACGAUUUUGAUAAAAUUCGCUGAGGAGGUGUUACGUAGAGAAGCAAGAUUAGGCUGAUGUUUAUAACAAGAAUUUUCAAGAUAUUUAUGAUGCUGUGUACACCAAUAUAGAAUGAUGUGGAACUUUCAUACUUUGCAUGUGAAAUGCAACGUAGGAUUUUCGACGGCCUUUCUCUAAACUCUUGUUUUUCAUUCCAAUUUAUCUCAUGCUUUGUAGUCAAGAAUUUAUCCUUACUGUCUAAAUUAUGAUGUACAAAAGGAAAAAGUCUGGUGUUUGUUAAUUAAUUUCAAUUCUUCCCUCA